AUGGGAAACAACAUCGCUCUCGAAGGUGGAACAUCUAAAGAAUUAACUUUACGAGAUAUUGCUAUACUAAAAAAAAGAUCGAGACUUAGCGAAGAGGAAAUUAGAGAUUUGCAUCGUGCUUUUUGGAAUGAUUUUCCAACAGGUAGAUUGGACAAGAAAGGAUUUGUGAAAUACUACGAAAAAAUAAAAGAUAACAAAGAUAGAACAAGUGUCUUGUCCGAUCAUGUAUUCGCUGUCUUUGAUAAAAAUCAUGAUGGUACAAUUGACUUUAAUGAAUUCUUAUUAGCUGUUGCUGUGGGUAUACCACAUGAUCUGAAUACGCAUCUUGAUUAUGUUUUCGAAAUGUGUGAUGUUUCAGGUGAUGGAAGAGUUGAUGUCAAUGAAUUAGCUGCUUUUCUUUCGGCUUCAUUAACCAUCGUAGGUAAAACUAAUCAAAAAGAUAAUCUUGAUCCAAAAAAAUUGGCCGCUAGUAUAUUUAAUACACUUGGUAUUAGUGAAGACAAAAAAUUGACCAAAGAAGAAUUUGUCAAAGGAUGUAAACGUAAUCCAAACCUUUGUGAAUUCUUUGGUAUUGGCAAAUGA